UGUAAAAGAAUUGAAAAUGUUCUCUUCUUUAAAAAGAGCUAAUUAUAACGUAAUUGAGGAAGUUGAGGACGAAAACGAGCCUGGAACUCUAAAAAGUAUGGAACUCGGCAGAGUUACCGAUAUAAAAUUAAUCGAGGAGGAGGAGGUUGAGGAGGAAUGUCAUCAACAUUUUGAAUCAUCAGCACCUCCUAUUCAUCACGGUGUUGCUGUUUCUUUUAGUGGUAAAGGAGAUGCAGAAUUGCAAGCUUCUAGUGAUCCAGCUGCUGAAUGGGAUCAUAUUAAAGACGUUGACCAGUUUUUUGCCUACAUCUACGAGUAUUACCAACAACGGGGCCUUACUUGCAUUGCCCUCCGUUCUUUAUUUUCUCUUUUACGUUUUGCAUUUGUUGUUCUCUUUUCUACAUUUUUGGUCAAUUGUGUUGACUACGAUAAUGCUUUCAUUCCCCGUUGCUAUGCCCGCAUAAAUCCUUUAAUGUCACUGGCGCUGUUUUUAGCUGCCCUUUUUUGGUUGGCACAUCUUUUUCGAAUUUUUUGUCGACUUGUACAGUUUUCUGAGAUUCGGCGAUUUUUUAUUAGUCAAUUGGAGAUUGCUGAUUCUGAAAUGCAAAAUUUGACAUGGGCACAGGUCGUUGAACGUUUGUGUGGUGUCCAAAAAAGAUUACAUUUAAUCGUCAACCGUGAGGCUAUCACUCCUUUGGAUGUUUGCCAACGGAUUUUACGACACAAAAAUUAUUUUGUGGCGCUUGUAUAUUAUAAUAUUCUCCCUCCAAGAAUUCGUCUUCCCUUCUUUGGACAUGUCCAUUAUUUAUCAAAUGGAUUGCGAUUUAAUUUGGAAUGGCUUUUAUUUUGGGGACCUUGGAGUCCUUGGAAAGGCCCUUAUGCACUUAAAGAUGAAUUUAAGGAUCCUGCAAAGUUGCCGAUGAUUGGCAAUUCGCCAACUCCAACGAACUUUAACAAUAAUGUCUAUUGCAAAUUUAAUAUUCUUCCCAUUUGUAUUUGUCUAUCAAUUACUAUUUUCAUUCUUUUCUUAUUCUGAACAUUAUCAACGUGAUCCAA